CAAAAAAAAAAAAAAAAAAAAAAAAGUAACCAUGUUGGUGAUAAAAGUGAAUCUAAUAAAUUGUGCUUUAUAGUGAGAUUUUAGUUGUUUUCAAUUUAUAAUUCUAGUUAGUAAAGAGUAUUUAUAUUAAAUGUCAGCAUUAGUGGCUAGUGACUUAGUAAAAUUAUUUAAAAAAGUGUACGCGUCACCGGUGGACGUUUAGUGGUAAAACCUGGCGUUCGACAAGACAGAGGAGGAAAGCCGUAAGCACAGGAGUUUGGCGGUAAGAUGUCAUUCCCGCCCCGACCGCCAAUGGUGCCGUACGGAAUCGCCCCAGGCGUGGUCACAAUGCAGAUGCCCACACACGUUUAGUACGAGAAUGAGAAACAUGAGAUAAUAGUCAGUAUCACCAUGGAACUUUAUAAAAUCUUCUAAGUAGCCAGGUGUGGUGAUGGUGGGCGCGUACGGCGGCGGCGCGGGCGUGGGCGGCGCGGCGGGCGGCGGGCGCGGCGCGCUGCUGCCGGCGCCGGCGCAGGGCAAGGCGGUCAUCGCGCGCGGGCCCACGCGCAACAACGGCGCCAAGGAGGCCGAGGGCCCGCCCGUCACCGUGUUCAUCGGCAACAUCUCGUCGCGCGCGCCCGACGCCAUGAUCCGCUCGCUGCUGGCCGCCUGCGGGCCCGUGCUCAGCUGGAAGCGAGUCUCCACCUUCGGCUUCAGCGAGUUCGCCAGCCCCGAGGCGGCGCUGCGCUGCGUGCGCCUGCUCAACAGCCGCCCCGUCGCCGACAAGCCGCUGCUCGCCAAGACCGACGGCAAGAUGCAGGCGCUCGUCGACACCUACAAGACGGAGCAGCGGUCGCGGCUGGGGCAGGAGGAGGGCGCGCCGGGCACGGAGGGCGAGGCGUCGUACCUGGACGCGCGGCAGCGGGCGCUGGACGAGGCGGCCGAGCGCCGGCUCGCGCAGAUCGUGCGCGACUACCAGGACGACAUCAACAACUACGAGCUGCUGCAGAAGGAGGAGGCCAUCUCCAAGACUGCCCGAGUGCUGGAAGAGGCCGACAUAUCGGAGGAGAAGCGCGAUGUCAUACAUCGUGAGAUCGGCAAGUUCCGCGAGAGCAUGAAGGAGGAGGCCGACGUGGUGGUGCGGCGCAAGCGCGACCCCAAGGACGACAAGCCCGACGAGCGGCCCCGCGACCGCGACCGCGCCGCCGACCGCGACCGCGACCGCGUCGCCGACCGCGACCGCGCCGCCGAGCGCGACAAGGAGCGCGACCGCGACAAGGACCGCGAGCGCGAGCCGCGGGACAAGGAGCGCCGCCGCCGCAGCGCCUCCAGGAGUAAAGACAACAGACGCGAGGAACGCGACAAGGAGCGGGAACGAGAACGAGAAGAGAGGGAGCGAGACAGAGAGCGUGAGCGCGAGCGAGAACGUGAGAGAGAAAGGGAGCAGCGAGAACGAGAGCGGGAAAGGGAGAUACGCGAGCGAGAAAGAGAACGAGAAAGAGAACGCGAGCGGGAGCGCGAGCGCGAGCGCGACCGGGAGCGGGAGCGGUCGCGGGAGCGGGAGCGCGAGCGGUCGCGCGGCCGCAGCCGCAGCGAGGCCGACGCGCGCCGCGACAAGGAGAUGGAGGACGAGGCGCGCGACAAGAAGCGCCUCGAGAAGAAGGCGCGCGAGAAGGAGGCCGCCUACCAGGAGCGGCUGCGCAACUGGGAGAGCCGCGAGCGGCGCAAGGCGAAGGAGUACGAGAAGGAGCGCGAGCGCUCGCGCUGCCGCGAGGAGGAGCGCGAGCGCGAGGCCAAGCGCCUCAAGGAGUUCCUCGAGGACUACGACGACGAGCGCGACGACCACAAGUACUACAAAGGCAAGGAGCUGCAGCGCCGCCUGGGCGCGCGCGUGCGCGAGGCCGAGGCCGACGUGCGCGAGCGAGCCCGCGAGGCGGCCGAGCUCGCCGCGCUGCGCGCCCGCGUGUGCGGCGCCGCGCCGCCCGGCUGCCCCGCCGCCGCCGCCGCCUUCGAGCGCGCCCGCGCCGCGCACGACGCGCUGUACGCGCCGCGCCUGCUCAUCGACGUGUCGCUGCAGCGCGAGCAGCAGGCGCAGCGCGAGCGCGCGCGCGCCGAGCGCCGCCGCGCCGAGCGCCUCGCCGCGCGCGCCAAGCACGAGCGCACGCUGCGCCUCGCCGCCGCGCGCCAGCUGCCCUCCGAGGCCGAGCCCAUCGACUCCUCCUCCGACGAGCCCGAGCCCGCCACGCCGCCGCACGCGCCCGCCACGCCGCCGCGCCCGCCCUCGCCGCCGCCCGCCGAGCCCGCCAGCUCGCCGCUCACCAUCAGCUUCAAGCACCACCACGCCAAGCUCAGCCCCGCCGGCGCCGACACGCCCAACGCGGAGCCGGGACGCGUGCGGCGCGUGCACGCGGCCUUCGCGGGCGACGACGACGACCUCGCGCCGCCGCCCGACACCAGGCCUGUUAAAGACAAGAAGGACAAGACGAAGAAGCCUGGAGGCGGCGGCGGCGGCGGUGGCGGCGGGGGUGGCGGGGGCGGCGGGGGUGGCGGCGGGGAGGCGACGCCGGCCGACAAGGAGAGCCGCAGCGCGGAGGAGAAGCGCAAGCACAUCAAGAGCCUCAUCGACAAGAUCCCCACGCAGAAGGACCAGCUCUUCCAGUACAAGCUCGACACGGCACAGAUCGACAACGUGCUGAUGGAGAAGAAGAUCCGGCCGUGGAUCAACAAGAAGAUCAUCGAGUACAUCGGCGAGCCGGAGCCCACGCUGGUGGACUUCAUCUGCAGCAAGGUGGUGGCCGGCUCCGCGCCGCAGGGCAUCCUCGACGACGUGCAGAUGGUGCUGGACGAGGAGGCGGAGGUGUUCGUGGUGAAGAUGUGGCGCCUGCUCAUCUACGAGCUGGAGGCCAAGCGAGCCGGACUGCACAAGUGACCCCCGCCCGACACACUCACAUAUAUUAUAACAUUCGUAUAAACA